AUGUUACGAGCUAUACCACGAUGUAUUUUACGGCCCAAAGCCGCGACGUUACCAUUCAUAAUAAAAUCACAGCCAUUCAGAGCCUUUGCCUCAGCUGUUCCUCAUGAAACCCCCAAGUUACAGCUUCGAGAUUAUCAAGAAGAAUGCAUAGACUCAGUUCUUUCCUCGUUAAAGAAUGGCCACAAAAGAGUCGGAAUAUCUCUAGCUACUGGUAGCGGUAAAACAGUCAUCUUUACACAACUCAUUGAUAGAAUCCCAACAGCAAAUAAGGAUGCGCAACAGACACUAAUCUUGGCGCAUCGUCGUGAGCUGGUGGAACAAGCGGCGAAUCACUGUCAACGCGCGUAUCCAGAUAAGAGGAUCGAGAUUGAGAUGGGUAAUGUUCAUGCAACUGGAACGGCAGAUAUCACAGUCGCCAGCGUGCGAAGCAUAACGUCACAAGGCCGUCUUAAGAAAUUCGACCCGUCCCGCUUCAAACUUUUGCUGGUUGACGAAGCUCAUCACAUCGUCGCUCCAGGGUACCUCAAGACCCUUCGUCACUUUGGAUUGGAUGAGAAGCGACCUGACUCUCCAAAUCUAGUUGGUGUCUCUGCCACGUUCUCACGUUUCGAUGGAGUGAAACUUGGCGCAGCUAUCGACGAAAUCGUCUAUCAUAAAGAUUAUGUGGAUAUGAUCUCUAAGAAGUGGCUGUCCGAUGUCAUUUUUACAACUGUUGAGUCUAAAGCAAACUUAUCCGAAGUUAAGAAGGGGGCUUUCGGCGAUUAUCUUCCUUCAGAUCUAUCCAAGGCCGUCAACACCAGUGAGAUCAACGAUAUAACAGUCCGCAGCUGGAUAGCGAAAGCUCCAGGGAGAAAAUCAACACUUGUGUUUUGCGUUGACGUUGCUCAUGUGGUGGAGUUGACAGAUCGGUUCCGGCAGCACGGCUUUGACGCGAGAUAUGUUACUGGAGAGACCCCCAAGAUUGAAAGAGGCGAGACGUUGAAUUCGUUUCGAAAGGGAGAGUUUCCUGUGCUGGUCAACUGCGGUGUUUUCACUGAAGGAACUGAUAUCCCAAAUAUCGACUGCAUUAUCCUCGCAAGGCCGACGAGGUCUCGUAACUUGCUUGUUCAAAUGAUCGGUAGAGGAAUGCGGUUACACCCGGGAAAGAAGAACUGCCAUAUCAUCGAUCUGGUCUCGAGUUUGGACACUGGAAUCGUGACCACACCAACGCUAUUUGGUCUUGACCCUGAUAUCCUGGUUGAGAGGGCAACAGUGAAUGACCUACGCAAGAUCAAGGACACAGAGCAUGUCACGUCUCAACAACCUUUGUCAUACCAGACCACUCCCGGGCCUGGAGCCGAUAGUGUCACAUUCACAGACUAUGACUCGGUUUUAGAUCUUAUCGCCGAUACGUCUGGCGAGAAACACAUCCGGGCCAUAAGUAAGUAUGCAUGGGUUCAGGUCGGAAAAGAAAAGUUUGUGUUAUCGUCACCGAGUGGUUCAUAUGUUCGAAUCGAGCGGGUUAGUGAACAGCUCAACACAAAGGGGCCGCUUUACCGAGCUAUAGAGGUACGAGCUCUCCCGCCUGGCGUAGCCAAAGCACCAUACGCAAUGCCACGGGAGAUCCUCACGGCAGCCACAUUCACUGAUGCAGUGCACGGAGCGGACAGUUUCGCGGCCAAGAUGUUCCCCCACACAUUUAUUCACCGCUAUCAAAGAUGGCGGACACUGCCACCUACGCAAGGACAAGUUGACUUCAUCAACAAGAUGCGGGGAAAGGCGGAACCUUUGAAACCCGAGAACUUAGACAAGGGCAAGGCUGCGGACAUGAUCACAAAGCUCAAGCAUGGCGCGCGUGGUCAGUUUGCGAGAAUUGAGGCAGGACAGAGAAGACAAGAUAAACAGAACCGGGUGGCCGAGGCUAAGAGACUUCGAGAGCAGGUCAAGGUAGGGCCUGUGGCAUCAUAA